AUGCGAACGCGUAUCACAUAUUUGAUAGAUGAUGCUGAUGGGGAGAAUCCAGUGGAAAUCAAGGAGAAUAACCUUGUGAAAUUGUCUGGACUGCAGGGGGAAAAGCAUAUCCGGGUUGUGGUCCCUCAUGCGCUUGACGGGUCCAUUGUGUACGUUAGCUGGACGAGUGAAAUACAUCCGGACGGCGUUUUCGACCCUCCCGUGGAGAAGGGCCUACACGUUGAUACUCUGCCGGAUACCGAGUGGUCGAGUCUACUGCCCUGGCUGGCCCAGUGUGGGAUCGAUAUUGACGAGUCGCAAAUAGUUCAAGCUGCGAACUGGGAUUCAUACACCAGUCUCAUCAAGCCCAGUUUCGCAUGUCUGAAGCAAUACGGGAUACCAGAUGGUGCGUAUGCUUUAAAAAUCACUUCAGGAUAUGCAAACGAAUAUUUAACCGGUGUGGAAGCAAACGAUUUGGUUAUCGAGGCGUGGUAUUCUCGAGCUGACUGGUUCGAAACAAUUGAGAAAACCGGCGACAAGACAGAAGUGGGGUUUUUAUCGGUAGACAAAAUGAGUACACCGGCAGACAAGACAUUGUACGGGUUUGUUCACAACGUAGGUGUUGAUGUAAACCGGAUCAUGUUCCAUCAGGUUCCCUCUUUUCGUAGGGUGCCUGGUAAGGCAGUUGGUCGCUUUGAUGACCCUCAUGGCCUUCAUCCUGUUUUCAAACUAGACUUGCAUGUUGCAAAAUACAACAUCCCUUAUGGCUGCAAAUUGUUUGCCCAGCUGGACCUGCCCAAGUCACUGUUCAUCGACAAGUAUCAAAUGGGUGACUUGCCUCGUGUUCAGCCGCCCUUGGAGAAUUUGGGGGUCUGGGGCGAAACUGAUCUAGAGAAGCCGGUCUGGCAGACAUCCAAAGGGAGCACUGCUCUUUUCCGUCUACUUGGCAACGGUUACAAUGAGACAUACCAGAUUCCCAUCCACUCCCGCUAUGAAGAGCCAUCCCCUGCAUUACAUAUUGACCACUUGAUUGGUGAUCCCCUGGUGUUCUGGGCGUGCCAAGAUGAUGAUUUCCCUCAGCAGCACGUCCCAGGGCUGUCGUUCGAAAGUAUUUUCCCUCAGGAUACCGUUUACCACAUAUUGGAGUCGCAACCAGUACAUUACAAGAUCCCGGUGAUUAGCCCUGAACACCGCGACUUUGUCUACAGUGCCACAUCUCUAACCGUCAUCGCUGGCACCUUUCUUAUUAUUUUUGCGAUUUUGCAAAGGCUGUCUGCUCAGCACAAGCUAAAAAACGAAUAG